UUAUAGCAAGAAGCAAUUCGUAGACUGCAGAGACUUUCUCACACUUCCCAACCCAAUCUCUUUUCUCUUCGAUCGUUCCAUUGCAAAGCAGAAAAAAUGGUCAGUGUGUCUGCGCUCGCGCCAUUGGCAACGGCACUCUUGGGACUAAUAAAAGUUGUGGAUAGUGUCCCAGUCAAAGAAUUCUUUGCAAAUGAUAAGGAGCUCAUUGACAAGCUCGAAAUAGAGCUGCUGACUGCUGACGCAGUUCUCAGUGAUGCAGAGGAGAAGCAGAUCGCGAAUACAAAGGUGAAAGAGUGGCUUAAUGAUCUCAAAUAUGCUGCCUACGAUGCUGACGAUCUGCUGGACGAGGCCACCACCGCCGGUUUGAAACGCAAGAAGGAAAUUGAAGCUAAUUUUGCCAAGGGAAAAGCUAAGGCUGCUACAGAAGAGUUAAUGAAGCGAUUCUCUACUUUAAAUCCAUUUUAUAAUGGUGUAAGAGACAGGCUCAAAAAGAUAAUUGAAAGACUAGAAAAUUUAGCAAAACGGAGAGAUCUCCUCAAUCUCAAGGGAAGUGCAAGGGUGAAACCACAACCCAGGCGCCAGACUACUUCUUUGCUAGACGAAUCUGAAGUGUUUGGUAGAGACGAAGAUAAAGAGAAACUAAUAGAACUUUUGCUUGGUGGUGCUGCACAGGAAAACGGAAUCCCUGUAAUUGCAAUAGUUGGGAUUCCUGGAGUUGGGAAGACUACGCUGGCUCAGCUUUUGUAUAAUGACUCCAGGGUCGAGGAACAUUUUAGUGGAGGCAAGGCUUGGGUUCAUGUUUCAGAAGAACUUGAUGUUUUUAAAGUAACAAGAACAAUUUUUGAGUCGGUUGAUUCAAAGAACUGUCAUUUCACAGACCUGAAUGUUCUUCAAGUCAAACUAAAGAUGGUAUUGAACGGAAAAAGAUUUCUGCUUGUCUUAGAUGAUAUGUGGAACGAGAAUUUAUUUGAUUGGGAUUUAUUGUCAGCUCCCUUAAAAGCUGGAGAAUGCGGGAGUAGAAUUAUUGUGACAACUCGUAAUCAAGGCGUUGUAUCAAUCAUGCGGGCUAUUGCAACUCAUCAUCUAACACAAUUGUCAGAAGAAUGCUGCCAGAAGCUAUUUGAAAAAUAUGCAUUCGGGACUAGCAACCCUGAUGAUCAUCCAAUUUUAAAAAGUAUUGGUGAUGAAAUUGCAAAUAAGUGCAGAGGCCUACCUUUAGCUGCAAAAACACUCGGGGCCCUCUUGCACCAGGAAUCAGAAGCUAAGCAAUGGCAUACAAUACUAAAUAGCAAGAUAUGGGAUCUGCCUAAUGAUAAGAAUAACAUACUUCCCGCAUUAAGAUUAAGCUAUGAUCAUCUUCAUCCACAUGUCAAACAGUGCUUUGCUUAUUGUUCGAUGUUUUCAAAGGGCUAUGAGUUCAAAAAAGAGAAAUUGAUUCUCAUGUGGAUGGCGGAAGGUUUCUUGCAGCAGCAGCCAAAAGGUGAGGAGACAAUGGAAGAAAUCGGAGACAAGUACUUUCUUGAACUAUUGUCAAGAUCACUUUUUCAAGAAUCAACUCACAAUGAACAACACUUUGUGAUGCAUGACCUUGUUAAUGAUUUAGCUCAAUUUGCAUCUGGAGAAUUUUGUUUCAAAUUUGAGGACGGCAAACCAAGAGGAUUUCCAGAAAAGGCUCGGCAUUUAGCAUGGUUGAUGAAUGGGCUUGACGUCCAUGAGAAAUUUGAGGCCCUUCUUGAUGCAAAGUCCAUUAGAACCUUCCUUUUACUAGUCUCUUCAGAAACUGAAGAACCGCCUGCCUUGCGUACAAUUUUUAAGGAAAAAAAGUUGUCAAAACGGUUACGUGUGCUUUCUUUUCCUGUUAAAGGGAUCAUUGAGCUGCCUGAUCUGGGCAACUUGAUACAUCUACGCUACUUGGAUUUGUCUAACACAUCCAUCACCAAUUUAACAAUCACACGUUCUUUGUAUAAUAUGCAAACGUUGUUGUUGUCAAGAUGUUUUAGACUCACUGGGUUACCAGCAGAAAUUAGAAAACUUACUAAUUUACGUCAUCUGGAUGUGAGUAGAUGUACAAGAAUAACAAAGUUGCCACCUAGAUUUGGAGAAUUAACGAAUCUCCGAAUGUUGACUGAUUUUUGGGUGGGCGAAGCCAAAGAUGGUGAAUCAUCAAAAAUCAGUGAAUUGGGCAGGCUUUCAUGUCUUCGUGGUAGGCUUUCCAUCUCAAGGUUGGAGAAUGUAGGCAAUGAUCAACAAGCUUCAGAAGCAAACUUGAAAAGUAAGAAUUAUCUUUGUGAGAUAGUAUUCAGUUGGAAUACUACUAAUACUAGUUCUGAUCAUUCACUGAAGGUUCUCGAAAAUCUGGAGCCCCAUACAAAUUUGGAGAAGCUUACCAUUGAAAAAUACAGUGGUGGUAAAUUUCCCAAUUGGUUAAGUAAGGUCAAUUUUCCUAACAUGGUGAUCUUGCAUUUAACCAAUUGCAGCUUUUGUAAGUCCUUACCAUCGCUGGGGAACUUAUCUUCUCUUCAACAGCUCUAUAUCAGUGAGAUGAACAGAUUAGAAUUGGUGAAUUUUGGAUCUCAUGGGGAUGAUGGCUCUGGAAAUUUACCAUUCAGAUCUCUGAAAGUUUUGUCCUUUAUAAGGUUGCCAAGUUGGACGACUUUGACUUGCGAUUCAGAAUUCCCUUCCCUACAGGAGCUUACUAUAAGAGAUUGUGAAAAAUUGAUGGGCAAGUUUCCCGACGACGCCUAUCUACCAUGUCUCCAAGACUUGAAAUUAGUUAAUUGUCCGAAACUUUCUAUAUUUUCAGGAGAGGGGAUGCUGAUCGAUAGUUUCAGCCAAAUUCAUAUCUCAGAAACUCUGAAUGAACAGCUUUGCAGCCUCACCUCACUAGAAGAGCUUCAGAUCACAUCUCUUAGUAUCAGCUUACUCUCAAAUCUCCCAAUUUUGGGCAAUGGGCUUUCUGGUCUCACCACACUCAAAGAGCUUCAUAUUUGCAACUGCAAGAUGCCUGCAGAACUCCCCAACCUACAAUCUUUAGUUAUCACUGAUUGCAAAGAAUUGGAGGAAUGGGAUCUGUAUAGAAUGGAGUUGCCAACUUGUUCUGAGACCACAAAUGGAUGUGGUGGGGAAAAGGAGUUUUCAAAAGAGAGCUGGCUGCCUGACACUCUCACUUCUCUUUGUAUCAAUAUCAGGCCUAGAAAACAAUGUGGUUCACAUGGAAUGGGGUCACUGAUUGAUUAUGAGAUUACAGGUAAAUAUAAUGAGGAGUUGUCGUUUCAUGAAGAGUGGAUUCCUCUUCGUAUCAGCAGCAUUCAAGAUCUCGAAAAAUUGGUCAAACGGUUUCAGCACCUCACCUCGCUCAAAAGGCUAGAGAUCAAGUGCAGUAUGUCGAUUCAAGCAUAGGGAUUACCCACCUCCCUUUCUUUUCAUAAUCAAAACUUCUCUUACCUCGCGUCCCAAUAAGGACAAAGGGAAAGAUUGGCACAGGUUUUAAAAAUUGACUAGAGAGCGAGUCAGCUGGGACAAACGCUGGUGGAUGCAUGUGGGCUGGAUUUCUUCGAACUAGUUUGGUUGAUUUUGGGGCGAAUUAUGUUUGACCAUAUGAUGGAUGGAGCUUCGGAUCUAAGAUGAUUUGCUGCUUAUUGUAGGAUUCAUCCUUCUAAAGAUUGGAUUGAGUCCCAGGUUCCUGAAAUUGUCCAAAAUGGUGUUAAAGAUCUUAGGGAUGAUUCCGGUGAUAUUGAUGACAUGGAUGCAGAAGCAUGUAUUCCAGUGUUGUUUGCUUAUCAGGGAUUGGUUUUUUGCUUUGCUAUCCAAUCGGGUUUUCUUUAUUGUUGCUUCAUGCCCUUUUUUGUUGUAUAAUUAUUUUGGAUAUUUUAGUUUUUUAGUUUUUUUUCUCUAGUAUUUGGAUUCAAUUGACCUGUAAAAUUGUUAUGUUUCUUUAAUAUUUUCCCACA